CCUUACCUGGUUGGCAGACAAAUCAUUAAUCCUCUAGACUUCGACUGUGACAGUCAUAGGCAUAAAUAUCGUUUAACUUGAUGUUGAUUAUUGGCACAUAACAAAAUUUUGUCAUUUGUGCCUGUCUAAAAUCAAAUAAUAAUACUGCCAGGCUCUCGAACCAAUUGACAACUUAUUAACCGGUAACAUCACAAGAGGCAGCUGACGGCACUAUCUGAGCUUGUUAGCCAGCUAGCUCAGCUGACUACAGUCGAACUGCCCCUUUGUCUUUUCAUGCAAGUUAGCUAGCAGGCGUUGUUUCCUGUCUGUCAGCUAAAACAGGAUUUUGAAUCUGGGUUCAUUUAAGUUUUGUGCUUGACAAAAGUGAAGUAAACCAAGAUAGGCGGCUUGGGAACCAAGAUGUCGAACCGAGUGGUGUGCAGAGAAGCAAGUCACGCCGGCAGCUGGUAUUCGGCUUCGGGGUCCCAGCUGAAUGCACAACUGGAGGGCUGGCUAUCCCAAGCACAGUCCACCAUCAGACCUGCGAGAGCCAUCAUAGCGCCCCAUGCUGGGUAUACCUACUGUGGUGCUUGUGCAGCACAUGCCUACAAGCAGGUUGAUCCCUCGAUCACUCGUAGGGUGUUCAUCCUGGGACCUUCACACCAUGUGCCCCUCUCCCGCUGUGCCCUGUCACCUGCAGACGUCUAUAGAACACCCCUCUAUGACCUGAGAAUCGACCAGAAGGUUUAUGCUGACCUCUGGAAAACUGGGUUGUUUGAGAGGAUGAGUAUGCAGACUGAUGAAGAUGAGCACAGUAUUGAAAUGCACUUGCCUUACACUGCUAAAGCCAUGGAGAGCCACAAAGAUGAGUUCAGCAUUGUUCCAGUGCUUGUCGGUGCACUGAGUGAGUCAAAGGAACAGGAAUAUGGGAAGCUGCUCAGCAAGUAUUUGGCAGACCCUUCCAACCUCUUCAUCAUCUCAUCUGACUUCUGCCACUGGGGUCAACGGUUUCGUUAUACGUACUACGAUGACUCUCAAGGGGAGAUCUACAGGUCUAUUGAGCAUCUUGAUAAAAUGGGGAUGGGUAUUAUAGAACAGCUGGAUCCCAUGUCUUUCACCAACUACUUGAAAAAGUACCGCAACACCAUCUGUGGGCGUCACCCAAUAGGAGUGCUGCUAAAUGCUGUGGCUGAGCUUAGGAAGUCUGGUUUAGAAAUGAACUUCUCUUUCCUGAACUACGCCCAGUCAAGUCAGUGCAGGAACUGGCAGGACAGCUCCGUGAGCUACGCUGCUGGGGCUCUCAUCGUUCAUUGAGGUCAACUUUAGCAGGGGCCCCUGCAACGCCGCCACCCUGCUCUUAUUAUCUAUCGCCAUAACCCGGCCCUUCCCCUCACACCCCAACCCCCAGUUACGCCCACUAUUUGCAGGAAGGACCUAGACACUCUAAGCCAAUACAAAUCUUUCUCUGAAUCUCCCAUCCACCCCUCCAUCCACCACCCUCCUCCCAGCUUGAAGUGUCUCACAGAGAGUUUUGAUUGAAACGUUUAGCUUGUUGUGUAGUUCUGAAAUUAUGUUGGACGAAAAAGCUUAGAGGAGAUGGGAUAUGUCUGAUUGAUUGUUGGGUGGUGGCAACUUAUCUGGAUUCUUUACAUGGACUGUAGAUGUCCUCUAAGUCGUUCGUUUUUCAGACAACACAAAGGAUUUGGGCUCUGAAAAAGGCAAACCUCAUAUCUGGAUUUAAUCUGUUCUCUUGUAAUAUGCCACUGAAAAGCAAAACAAAAACUGCACGUUAAUGGAGAAGGGAUAAUAUUCAGAUUUCGCCUGAUUAAAAAUUAAACCCGACUUUUUGCUUCAAGCUCAAUAUGGCUCAAGUUUGAGAACAGUGUCAUAGGUCAUUACUACCAGUACACAGCAUAUGUUGUAGUUGCUAACAAAGGGCUGCACCCAACAUAGUUCUACCUAGCACCCCACAACAAUACAAAGAAAAAAAUCACAUUCAUCACCAAAUUGGUUCAUUAAAUUCCUUAUUUUUGACUCUUUAGUAGUUUAAUUACAUACCAUAGUAUUUACUCAGUUAAAGUGUGGCUUUGAACAGCAGCUGUGACUCCGGCUGUGAAGCUUUCGACAUGGUUUGCUUAGUAGAUGAGAGUGAGCAGCACUGAUCCUGGAUUCCAGUCAUACGCAUGCAGCAUUAAAGGUUUUGUGAGGGCCAGACUGCAGCUGUGGAAAGUUGGAUCUUCUUUUUAUUUUCUGACACACUGACACCUCUAGUUUUUGUUUACAAUGCCUCCUUAAAUCUCUGUAGUAACUGACUUGCCUAAACAGUAGACUUGAGUGAUGAUUUCUUCCUCUUUUUCAUUUAAUCUUUUGUUUGUUUAUUGUAUACAAAUGUAUUCUGUUACACACUGAGUUCUCUGUAAGAGCAGCAACGUUUGUGCUGAGGUCUGAACAAAGAUGCAAAGCAGAAAAUUCCAAGACUAUUUUCUUAUUUUAUAGGAAGUAUAUCUGUGCUGUAGAUUGUCUAUUACAGCUUUUUUUUUUGUUUCUUCACUGACUGAAGAAUGCCAAAAAGCUAUUAGGAGGAUUUAUUUCUUCAUCUUUACAUUUGAGGAAAUUGCAUAAAAACAACUCCAUACAUUAGAAUGAGCUCACUGUAGAUAGAUACAAGUAACAAAUAUAACAUGUAUUAAUAUUAGCCUCAUUUCACAAGACUUACCCAGAACAGUGACAUGUUGUUCCCUGCUAUAUUAAAAGAUUUAUUGAAUGAACAUGUGGAAGAAAGAAAAAAGAUAAUUGCUAAAUCAGCACAGGACCCCUUUUUAAAAAAAAAACUAGAUUGAAUAAGAAAAAAAUAAUCAUCAUUGACAUCUGGCAGCAUGAAGUGAAUGCCACUCUGUCACUACUUCCAUAUAGCGUUUUAAUAUCGCUUCCUCCCGUCUUGGCAUUCAAUGACUGAACGAGCCAUCACAUUUAACACCGCGCUAGGAAACCAUGCCAACCCCAGUAGGCACAGACUGAAAAAUGAAUCCCCAAGCUCACUUGACCUCUAAUGCUAAUUUAAGGGAAUCAGCGAAGCAUCACACACUGUGCUAUUGUGCCUUUUAUCACUGUUGCACAUGAAUAUAUAAAGGGUGUUCUCAUUUUCAGUCUUACGUUAGAGUGUGUUCUUCAGUCUUGGUUUUUUAAUGUGUCCCCUCACCUCUGCCGAUAGCCCAACUCGCCCAACACACCUCGAGUAUGGAGACCUGUUCACCCCAUCUGUCGGCCAAAAAUGGCACCAACUGUUAUCACUGUUCCCCAGCAGGGAGUGGUUUUCUGUUUUGACACGUCACCUCAUUCCCGUAGAGAGAAACAGAGGCUAAACCUUUCCUUUACGUUCACCAUGUUUGUGUUGAUGGAUAUUUGUCAUUCUAGAAAUGUUUUUUGUAUUUUCUUUUCUUGGUUAGAGAAUUGGAACUUACAUGUCAUAAACCUAAAAUAUACAGCUUACUACUCCCUUAAUGGAGUUUUUCUGAUCUCAGGUUCCACUGAUAAAGCAUCCCAGAAGGCUCUUCAAAAAAGGCCGAGGAUUCAUGUUACAAAAAGAAGUAAAAUGUACUGAAAAGCAUAUCCGCUCUGGUGUCAUGUUCUUUUAGUGCUCUAUUUUUACGUUGUGCUUUUAAACAUCUUUAACAAUUUAUAUCUACCGACAUUUCAGUGAAUACGAAUUUCUCCUAUUUUUUGCACUGAA